UCAGGCUAGAAGGAGGGGAAUACAUAAAUAAGUAUGAAUUGGCUUUUCCGGAGAUGGUCUGGGACGUGGGAUAUUUAACCCAUCAGUGUUUUCAUCCGCACCUGAUCAAGCCCACUAAGGCAGAACGGACUUCAAGGGAGAAAAUGUCUUGGACCACCUGGUGUUCUGGUUAGGCUGUACUGACCCACAGGUGAAGACACACUGAUUCCCCUUCUCCCUCUGGGAUCUGACAAGGAUUUGGACAAGAAUGACCUGCCCCUCCCCCAUACUAGAUGAUGAUGCACCCGCCGCCCAGUGCUCCACCAGGACCGGAGGCUGCCUUAAUGCCCGAUCCAGGGCCAGGUGAAGUUCCUGCAGCAGCCGAUGAUGCUCCUCUGCCAGCUCUCCGGGAGGUCGUAGAGCCGUCACCUCAGCAGGCUCCAAUCCCAGUGGCAGAAGCCUCUGGCCAACACUUCCAGGAUCUGGCUCCAGCUGAACUGCCCAAGCUAUACCUGCCUCUCCCGGUCUGCUCAACAGGUCAAACUAUAUGCUCUAAUCCGGGCCCUUCAGCUAUCAAAAGGACAGAAUCUCAGAACUGCACUGCCUGCUCACAGGUUAAUGCUGCCUCUCAGCACAGACAAAAACCUCUGGGGAUUCAGCUGAAAGGCACGAUGCCCUUCGAACACCCGGAAGUGGACUUCACUGAAAUGAAACCUCACCGACACUACCGUUUAAACCUCAAAUGGAAACUGCAUGUUGUAUAUAGGCCCCAGAGUUCUGGGAUGGUGGAACAAACCAACCAGACACUUAAAGAGACUCUCUCCAAGUGGCUCAGAGAUACUGACUGCUCCUGGGUGGACUUGCUUCCGACAGCUCUGCUCAGACUCAGGAUGACCCCAUGGUCCCAAGGCUAUUCUCCAUACGAAAUUUUGCAUGGGAGGCCCCCUCCCAUAAUAAAACAGGUGUCAACAAAUUUGCCUCAGGAAAGGGGAGAUAGGAUUUCACAGCAGAUGGAACUGGGUAAGGUAAUAAACCAAGUAACUAAGUUUGUACAAGAAAGGGUGCCAUUCUCCCUUGGGGAUCAGAUUAAUGAGUUUACGCCUGGUGACCAAGUAUGGGUCAAAGAUUGGAAACAUGAUUCACUAGCCCCUCGGUGGAAGGGUCCUUAUACUGUUAUUCUAACUACCCCUACUGCAGUUAAAGUUGCAGGUAUUGCCCCUUAGAUCCAUCAUACGAGGGUGAAGAGAGCAUACCACGCAGACCCAGAAAACGCUGAGUGGACUGCACAGAGGGACCCCACUGACCCCCAGGAGACUAAGAUCAUCCUUAAGAAGAAGAAGGAAAAGAAGAUCCUGGACGAGCCCCUUCAGGAUGAAGCUGCACAAUGAACUCUUGCUGCUUAACCUCAUCGACAUGCACAUUCAUAUGCCAACUUCCACAACACCUCCAACUGCUGGGUACGUGGGGCUGUGCCUCUGUCUGUGAUGGGUGGACUUUCCUGGCAAGUGUCACCGCUCUGCCAAGGAGAUUUUUAAACCACUCUGCUCUUUUCUGGAACAACAAAAAGAGACUUUCCUUUCUCUUGUCAAUCAUAAUCUCUCCCUGCUCUCUUGGUGUAAGACAGACCUACAGUCAAUAGACUCAGGUCUUGGGGUUACAUAUUAUGUAAACACCAGUUUCAUAGAAGUAACAAAAGUGGUAAUCCAUAAUAGAAUGGCUUUGGACAUACUCACAGCUGCUCAAGAAGGGACCUGUGCUAUAAUUAAGGUUGAAUGUUGUGUAUAUAUUCCUGAUUUAUCUGACAAUGUAUCAGCUGCUUUAGAUGUCAUGAAAAACCAGGUAAAAGCAAUGUCAAAUGAAAACAUUCCUUUCUGGACUUGGGUACUAGCUUGGGUGAAGGGUGAUUGGUGGAAAACUAUAUUUACCAUUGUUAUAGUUGCCUUGAUAGUUCUGCUCUGUGGACCCUGCAUUUUGCAAUGUAUUAUGAACUUUGUAACCCAAGGUUGGUGUCGUUCUGCCAAAUUGGCAGUUGGAGAGCCAAGAUGCAAUAUAUCCUUAUGAAUGAUACUCAUACUAUGAGUCAAGAGCAUCAAGAGGGGGAAUGAAGGAAGAAACAGAAUAGGCUCUCUCUUGAGGGUGGGACUCCAUCUUGGGCCGGACUGUGGACUUUGAGCUAUACGCCCAGUAUCUAUGGAAAUGACAUACCAACUGGGAAACCAAACCCCAGAAGGAAGAGUCCCUGGGCUCUGCAUCGCCUAAAAGAAUACCCUAAUUAGCUGUGUAACCAAAUAGAAUCAUACAUUCAAUUAUGCUUAUUGGGAUAUGACCACAGGCCUAUUGAUAAUUGUCCACUGUUAACUACCCAGGCUUAAGGCAUAUGAUCUUGGGUUAUUUUGAUUGUAUCUUUCUUUUUCCUUCGUUCAGACCAGUUUCAGGGAAUCUUAUACACUUAGGGUACAUAAGGUUUCCACAAAAACUGGUCAGGGUCUUUGGCUAAGAGGAGACUCUGCCUUGGGCCCGCCGGUGCAAUAAACUGCACUCCACCAUC